CGACAAUAUUAAUCCACGCGCUGACACUGUAAGAAGACUCUUCAAAAGACAAGGACGAAUAUGUUGUUCGCUUUAACUGUGGUAUUUUGUGCUUCGGCUGCUUUUGCAGCCCCCGACUUCACAGUGUGCAAACAUAACGGAGAGGAGUACAAACAGGGCGAGGAAUGGCACCCCUCGGAUGACAUCGUCUGUCAAUGUAUCUCUGCAGUCAAUAACGCCACUUCCUGCACCAGCAUCUGUCCCCAGUACACUCACAUUCCAAAGGACUGCUCGUUAGUGGACGUCUCCGGGGAGGCCUGCCCCAAACUGUCCUGCGACUGGGAAGCGAAAUGUCGUUCUAACGGCACAUGGCACGAUCAAGACGAGGAGUGGUACGAAGGUUGUAACUACAAGUGUAAAUGCACGGACGCCAAGCGUGGCCUCAUAUCAUGCCAGAGCGCUUGCACGGAGUACACUCUGAUCCCACCAAACUGUAAGUUACUGCAGGUUGACGGUGAGUGCUGUAGAAAGCUGGUGUGUGGAGAUGAGUUGUCGAAGAUCCCACCGAGCCAGAUCAAAGAGACCACUGACAACAACAACAAUGAUGCUAGUAUGGGAUGCUACGACAUUCAAUUUAACUGUGCUGACUACGGGCAAGGGAUUUGUACGUCCGCCUGGGCCAGGGAAAACUGUGCCAAAAGCUGUGGAUUCUGUGCCACAAACGAAGGUAAUUCCAAUGGCAACGCCUGCGUGUUCCCGUUCAACUACAAAGGCAGGCAGGUGGACAGCUGUAUUCUGAGCAAUGCUGACUACCCGUGGUGCUCAACUACCAGUCAGUAUGACCAGGACAAGAAGUGGGGUUAUUGCCAUGCCGAGCUAAUGAAAACCCGAUGCAAAGAUACCGAUGGGACCACCGAGUGUAAUAAAUAUGCCAAGGAAUCGUGUGGAGCGUUCAAGGACUGGGCUAAAGGCCACUGUGAACGUUACUGUGGAUUGUGUGAAAAUCCUUUCGUCCCUUCGACCACCCCAGCCCCCACCACCACACCAGUUACCACAUCAGCCACCACCGCCGUAGAACCACCCACCGUCUCCAUGGAACCGGUCACCAACAAGCCCACGCCGACCCCUGGAGUGCCUGUGAAGGAGACACCCACCCCUGCAGCCGCAACUAAGCCAGUGGUUGACCCCUUGAAGGGCGACAAGUCUACCCUACCUCCAGUAACCCAACCAGAAGUUACACCUAUUGAGGGAUCCGGUGAUGGAUCCGGGGACAAAGGAUCCGGUGUAGAUGUUUUGCUUUUCCUUUAGGACCAUGUUGAUUUAAUCAGUUGCAAUGGGUCACAAAAUUGUCAAUAACCCCCAAAUAUGACUUCUAAAGGACUUUCAGCGUUUGCCUUAUAACUUAUGAAUGGUCUGUGAAAGAUUGUCUUCAAUUUAUGAGAGUCCCAAUUACAAUAAAAACACACAAUUAA